AUGCCAUCCUCUCGCGUUAUUCAUCAACCAAUCCAUCCCGAUCUGAGACCACAUCUCGAUCCGGAAUAUGUUGCUUUCCACGAUGAGCACUUUCAAUAUAUUCUUCCUUCCGAAACAACUCCAUGGGACCCGGCUGUUCGCACUGCAUGGUCGCCAUCAAAACUGGCUGCAUUGAAUGCUGUUGAGGUGGGGAAGAUUGAAGAUGUCCUUUUGAAGCAUGCUCAGUUGCGAAUAUUCACACCAAGUGUGCUGCGCCCACGAAUGGGGGGUUGGACGCUAGGCAACCUUGAUAGUGAUAAUGGGUUCUGCUCUCGUGUUGCUGAAGGCGCCUCUUGUAUGGCCAUCAAUGUCAACUAUCGACAUGCCCCCGAAGAUCCGUACCCAGCAGCGGUCAACGAUGUGAUGGAAGCUCUGGAGUGGUUAGCAAGCUCAAAAAGCACGAGACUCAACAUUGACAGGAGUCAACUGACUAUCGGCGGUACACCUGCAGGUGGAAAUCUCGCAGCCAUUGCAUCAAUGAAAGCCGCGCUUCUUCAGCCAUCAAUUCCUAUCAAGUUCCAAGCGCUUAUCCUUCCAGUUAUUGAUAAUACGCAAACAGCUUCUACCCCUUACUGGGCAUCGAAACCUCACCCACCAUGGCUCACACCGUCGCGCAUGAUGUGGUACCGCAAAAUGCAUCUCCCAAACGAGAAAGACUGUCUCAGUUGGGAUGCCUCGCCGAACUUGGCUCCAUCUGAGAUCUUGAAAACAUCUCCAAAAACGUGGAUAGCUGUAUCAGAACAUGAUCUGCUUGCGCCUGAAGCGGUUGCUUUCGGUGAACAGCUGAAGGGGCUUGGUGUUGAAGUUGAGAUAAAAACUUACGAGGGUUCGACGCAUUCUCUUCUUGCUCUGAGUGGACAUCUAAGUCUAGGAAAGUUACUUGUUGACGACACUAUCUCAAAGGUCAGGCAUGCUUUCGAGUAA